AUGCAGCAAGCUGCGAACGAGCAAGCCGCCCACGCUGACGGCCUCGAGCCUGCCACACAGACAACAGCGUUUGGUGCACUCCAGCCUGAGUCUCAACCUCAACCGCAACCUCAACGACCUCUGAGCGUUGUUGCUACAGAGUCUGUGUUGAUUGAUCACGGGCCGCGGUACACUCGCGGUCUCCGGGAUGCACUGGAGUUGCUGGGAGCUCGUCGGCUCUCGUUGCCGACCCAAGCUGGGUUCACUGCACCACCCGGGCGUCGACUCGAUGCAGGCGAGCAAAUGAUCUCUCCGUCGCGGAUGCACUGGACAGACGCUACCGAGUCUGCGACGGGCUCACGUGCGCUAUGGAGUGGUGUGCCGCAGGGCCCGGCACUCGCGGGGGUGCACGUCGGCAACAAUACCAGGCCGCUCGUUCGCGAGGGUGCUCCACGUUUGGGGCUAGUCUUCGACCCCGAGGACCCGUGCAUCCAGCGCGACAUGCUGCGCAUGAUUCGCCAGUAUCUCGAGGACCAUGGCUACGUGUUGUCCAGUAUGGUGGUCAACGACGAGGCGAACCUAAUGGAACGCGAGGCACGUAGCCAGCAGUGGCAGGCACGUCGAAUCCGCAGUGCAAUUCUCACUGGUGACUGGUCCGAGGUAGAGCGGCUCUGUCAGAAGACCCCGCUGAAGAAUCUGAAAGUGUUUCUCUACGCCCUCUAUAGACAGCAGUUCCUGGAGCUCAUUGAGCGCCAUGAGACAGAGAAAGCUUAUGCGGUGCUCAUGAAACGUCUCAAGCCGCUGGAGGGACACGCGCCACGAGGCCCCGCCGAGUUUCGAGACCUCUGCUACCUGCUGACCUGCAAGUCUGUCCAUGAGGCGCACGCGGCGUCCAUCCCGCUCUCUCUGGACUGGGGUGGCUCCCAAGCGGGCCGUGAGCUUCUGGCGGAGCAGCUGACGCGCCUACUCGACAUGGAGCAAGAGGCAGAAUGCGUUUUCGGCGAUCCCCAGGGCACGUCGCCACAACGCAGAGAGGUGCCGCCCCAUCGACUCGAGCAACUGGUGCAGCAGGCCUAUGCCUAUCAAAUAGAGUUCGCUCGAUAUCACCCGCUCGUCCUGCCCCGGAUUCGGACGCUCCUGGAAGACUACCACUGUUUCGCGAUUCCGAAUGCGGAGCGCCCGCCACGACUCUGCGGCCACGAGGCGAACAUCAAGUGUGUCACUUUUGUCGGCAAGGAGGGUCUCAUGCUGGCGACGGGUUCCAGCGAUCGCCGUGUAGGCCUCUGGGAUACCGACUCCGGGGCGCUGCUCGGUAUGCUGAGCGGGCAUUCGUCGCGGGUCUGGGAUGUGAGUGCUUCGCCCUCGGGCCGCGUCCUUGCGUCGGGCUCGGCGGACGGGCGCAUUGGCCUCUGGGUAAGCGAAGCGCAUGCGCCGGGCUUUCGACUCGGAGCGAUGCUCGCACACCAUCCGGCCGUGGGGCACGGCUCGGUAGCGACAAGCGCAGCGAUGCAAGGCAGCAGCAUCAGCAGUAUCGGCAGUAUCGGCAACAGCACCAGUGUUCGCCCUGGAGGCGGGCUCUCAGGAGCUGGACCCGGCCAUGCGCUGACCAAGCUUCCAACCACUGGUGGCGAUGUGUAUACGGUCUGCGUGCAUCCGGCGGAAACGCACGUGCUCAGUGGCGGCUACGAUAAGACGUUGCGACUGCACGACAUCCGCACGGGUCAGAUUGUGCGCAGUUUCGUUGGUCACCAGGCUGCGGUUACGCGAGCAGUGUUCAACCCGCAUGGCAACCUGAUUGUGAGCGGGAGCAAGGACUCCACCAUCAAGUUCUGGGAUAUCAUCAGCGGCGUAUGCGUUCGGACGUUCAGCUUCCAUUUUGGCGAGGUGACCAGCGUUGAGCUCAACUCGACGGGGACGCUGCUCUUGAGUUCGAGCAAAGACAACUCGAAUCGGUUGUGGGAUUUGCGGGCAUCACGGCCGAUCCGACGCUUCAAGGGCCACCAGAACACGAGCAAGAAUUUCAUCCGGGCCUGUUUUGGCCCGAACGAGCUACUUGUGGUUGGUGGCAGCGAGGACGGCCAAAUUUGUAUCUGGGACGUUGAGAGCGCUACGCUCAUCCAGCGCCUUACGGCGUGUCGACGGGGGCCUGUCUUCAGUGCAGUCUGGUCCCAGCAGCAGAGUCUGCUGGCCAGUUGCGGUAAUGACGGGGACGCGCGCCUCUGGUGGUACGAUCCGAGUCGACCGCUGAGCGUACCCGACGGAGCUGCUGCGUGA